AUGCAUAAUGUUGAAGAAUAUGAUGCGAUAGUUUCGGCUGAAAUACCCAAUGAGAUGUCAAAUCCUCAUCUAUUUAGGAUGGUGAUGAAGCACAUGAUUCACGGUCCUUGUGGUGAUCUGAACCCACUUAAUGUUUGUAUGAAAAAAGGAUUUUGCAAGAAUUUAUAUCCAAAAGCUUUUUGUUGUGAAACAACCCAAACUGACGAUACAUAUCCUACUUAUAGAAGAUGCAAUGAUGGAGUAAAGGUUAUGGUUAGAGGUGUUGAACUUGAUAAUAGAUGGGUUGUUCCAUACAAUCCAUAUUUGCUAUGUAGGUGGAUUUCACCCCCAGAAGCAGCUUGGAGAAUUUUUAGAUUUCCAUUAGGCGAAAUCAAACCAACAGUUAUUCAUUUGCCCCUUCAUUUAGAAGAUUAUCAACCAAUAAACUUUAAAAAGAAAGAACACUUAACUGAUAUUGUAGCCAAUUCAUCAAAAAGAAAAACUAUGCUAACUGAGUUUUUUGUUCAAAACAAAACAGACAGAUAUGCACAACAUCUUAAUUUGACAUAUGUAGAAUUUCCAAACCAUUUUGUAUGGAAGUCAAAUAAGAAGAUUUGGUCACCUACACAGACAGAAAAAUCAAUAGGACGCAUAGUGGUUACUCAUCCAAGUGAAGAUCUAUCAUAUGCUGAUUUAGAUGAUGAAACAAAGGAAAUAAAAGCAGAAAAGAGUAUUAUUGUAUCAGAAGAUGAUCUAAAGUCAAUACAUGAUCUUAACAAAAAACAAAAAGUUGCAUUCGAUAAAAUAAUUGGAAAAGUAAAAGCCAAUAAAAGUGGAGCAUUUUUCAUUAAUGGUCCAGGUGGUACAUGGAAAACUUUCAUAUAUAGAGCAUUGCUAACAAAUAUUAGAUCAGAAGGACAUAUUGCAUUAGCUAUCGCAACAUCAGACAUUGUUGCAUCAUUACUUCCGGGGGGUAGAACAGCUCAUUCAAGAUUUAAAAUUCCAUAA